AUGUUGCUGCACCUGCAGGCGAGUUUGGAGUUGCAGACCUCUAUAAGUCCCAGUGGCGGCAAGUGCAACAACUUUCCAACACCACCUGGGAAAGAUGGUUUUGAGGUUCAUCUCUGGGAAAAAACACAUAACUGUGACUCUGGUUUCUGCAUUCAUAAUUCCACCUGUGUUGACCUACUGGGGGAUUAUGCAUGGAUCUGCCCCAAGGGAUUCGCUGAUAAGAACGGCUCCACAGAGGUUACUGACUGCACGUCUCUGAAUAAACCAUGUCAAAAUAAUGGCACUUGCUACAUAGAGAACGGAGACUUCCACUGCAGGUGCCCACCAGGGUUAACUGGACGAUUUUGUGAGAUCAACAUUGAUGAGUGUGCCAGUAAGCCUUGUGGAACAGUCAGCAUCUGCAAAGACGGUAUCGCUGCCUACCAUUGUUUCUGCGCAUCUGGAUUCAUUGGUAAUAACUGUGAGAUUGAAGUAAAUGAGUGUCUAAGUCAGCCCUGUAAAAAUGGGGCAUCCUGCUUGGACAAACUCGACUCCUUCAGCUGCAUCUGUCCAGAUGGUGCCACAGGCACUUUAUGUGAAAUUGACAUCAACGAAUGUCUGUCAUCUCCAUGCCUGCAUGAAGGCACGUGUCUGGAUCUUGCCAAUGGGUUCACAUGCAUUUGCCCUCUUGGCUUCACUGGGCCUUUAUGCGAUGUGGAUAUUGACGGGUGCAGCUCUUCUCCUUGCAAGAAUGAAGCCACUUGCCGAGACCAGCCUGGUAAUUACCAGUGCCAAUGUGUGGAUCUAUUUAAAGUUGUGGAUGGCUUUUACUGCCUUUGUAACCCGGGCUAUGCUGGAGUGAGGUGCGAGCAGGACAUUGACGACUGCCUUAUCAAUGUGUGUGAGAACAACUCAACUUGUGUCGACUUCCAUCUGGUGAGUUUGGAGUGCUGUGUUAAAUCCAUGUGUACCUCAGAAAAUUAAACAACGGACAUCCUGUUAUUGGAAAUAGCCUUUGGCGUGACUAGCGACUCCAAUAUCAAGUUUAGCUUCAGUUUUGUUUGGCAGAGACUUACUACAAUGGCUUGUCAUAGCAGUUGAGAAGCUGUGUGCUGGGAAAUAACUUGGUGAAGAUAUAUAACAGCAUUGCCACAAGCCACCUUACAGCAUUGCUUCCAACUGCCUUCAGUUAAAGUGACAAUCUUAUUGGUUUUAGUUGUUCUGGACAUUGAAGUUUUUUUUUUCUAAUUUCUAAUCUUCUAUGAUUUUAGUGAUUGAACACUGGUUUGUUAAUUAAGCAGUUCUUUAAUGAACCUCAUGGAAUUAUCCAAUUAGUCAAUCAUGUGGCAGCAGUGCAAUCCAUAGUAUCAUAUAGAUACAGUUCACAAGUUUCAGGUUAUGUUUCCAUCAAAUAUCACAAUGUGGAAAAAAAAUGUGGUCUCAGUAACCUGUGGCAUGGUUAUUGGGGCUAGAGGGGCUGGCUUGAGUAUUUCAUAAACUGCAGAGCUCCUCAGAUUUUCACGGACAACAGUUGAAACUGGGCAGUGAACAAACACACGAUAUGUCCUUCAUUUGUCCACUUUAGGUUCUCACUGUAGCCUCAGAUUCUCGUUCUUGGCUGACAGGAGUGGAACCUGAUGUGAUAUUCUAUUGUUGUUGCCCAGCCACUUCAAGGUUUGACAUGUUGUGCAUUCUGAGAUGCUUUUCUACUCACCACAGUUGUAAAGAGUGGUGCUUCUUGUCGGCUCGAACCAGUCUGGCCAUUCUCCUCUGACCUCUCUCAUCAGAAAUUGCAUUUCCACCAGCAGA